AUUCUAUCACUCAAUUCGCCUCCUCCGCGGAGUGAUCUUGUCUGUCUUGUCCGUCCGGUGGAAGGAGUAGCAGACUUCAAGCGCGACCUUCACGCGACAUUCAGAGCUGAUAUUUUUCCAACCGCUCAGAAAACACUAUUCGUUCGUGAGCUUCCGUCUGCUGAAGUGUUGUUGGCCGGAUCGCUGCUGUCGAAAGCUUCCUCCACCGUAUAAUAGUAGGAGUAAUUUUAUAAUUGGUUGCACAAAGGGCAGAACAAUGACUAUCACAAUCUCAACCGUUGCAACAACUGUUUUUGAGGGCCAAAAGCCCGGAACCAGUGGUCUUCGUAAGAAGGUCAAAGUGUUCACCCAGAAGAACUAUACGGAAAAUUUCGUCCAAUGCAUUCUGGAGGCCAACGGUGUGGCGCUCAAUGGUUCCACCCUGGUGGUGGGUGGUGAUGGGCGUUAUUUCUGCCGCGAAGCCUGUGAGUUAAUUGUUCGCAUGUGUGCCGCUAAUGGGGUUGCGAAGAUUCUCGCCGGCCAGAACGGAAUUUUGUCUACUCCGGCUGUUUCUAGUCUUAUUCGCCGGCACAAGGCUCUCGGUGGAAUUGUUUUGACCGCUUCUCACAAUCCAGGCGGCCCUGAGAAUGAUUUUGGAAUUAAAUUUAACUGUGAGAAUGGUGGACCAGCUCCGGAUAGCUUCACCAAUAAGAUCUAUGCUUUGACGGGACAGAUUAAGGAGUACAAAACCACCGAAGGUCUCACAAUUGAUGUAUCGAAGGUUGGGGUCAACAAUUAUGAGGUCAAUGGAAAGCCGUUUGUUGUGGAAGUGAUUGAUUCCGUCGCAGAUUACGUUCUGCUGAUGAAGGAGAUUUUUGACUUUGAAAAACUCAAAAAAUUUGUCAGCGGACAAUCUCGUAAUGGUCAACCCCUCAUGAUGAGAAUCGAUGCAAUGAACGGUGUGACCGGAGGUUACGUGAAUGAAAUUUUCGUAAAUUGUUUGGGAGCUUCCAAGGAUGGUGUCGUACACACAACUCCUCUGCCGGACUUUGGGGGGCUCCAUCCCGAUCCCAAUCUCACCUAUGCAAAGGAUUUGGUUGAAGCAGUUCGCAGCGGAGAUUACGACAUUGGAGCUGCCUUCGAUGGGGAUGGUGACCGUAACAUGAUUAUUGGCCGCAAAGCUUUCUUUGUGACGCCCAGCGAUUCACUGGCUGUUAUCGCGCACUAUCUGGAAUGUAUUCCGUAUUUCAAGAAGCACGGUGUGACUGGUCUGGCCAGAAGUAUGCCAACGGCUUCGGCAGUUGAUCUGGUCGCUAAAGCGCUGAAUAAGGAAAUGUUCGAAGUUCCUACGGGUUGGAAAUAUUUCGGAAAUCUAAUGGACGCUGGACGGCUCUGUUUGUGCGGCGAAGAAAGCUUCGGAACGGGAUCUGAUCACAUUCGUGAGAAGGAUGGUAUCUGGGCCGUUCUGGCCUGGUUCUCUGUUAUGGAACACACCGGCAAAAGUGUGGAAGAAAUCUGUGUCGAGCAUUGGAAGCGCUAUGGUAGAAACUAUUUCACACGAUAUGACUACGAAGAGUGUGAUCUGGCGCCUUGCAAUGAAAUGAUGGCCACGCUGGAAAAGACAAUCACCGAUUGCGGAUUCAUUGGCAAGCAGUUGUCUGCUGGAGGCAAAACAUACACCGUUAAACUAGGGGAUAACUUUAGCUAUAACGAUCCGAUCGAUAAAUCAGUAUCGACAAAACAGGGUCUCCGCAUUGUGUUCACCGACGGCAGUCGUAUUGUGAUGCGACUUAGCGGAACCGGAAGUUCCGGUGCAACGGUGCGUCUGUACAUUGAUUCGUACGAAAAGGAUAACGUUCUGGGACAAGCCGCCGAUAUGCUAAAACCACUAAUCGAUAUCGCACUCGAGGUCUCUAAACUGCCAACCUUCACCGGUCGUAGCGCUCCAACGGUUAUUACGUAAAUUUUGCCACGUGAUAAUGAAACGAGAAAACAGAAGCACGAGACAAAGAAUGAUUACAAAAAAAAGUCAUCAGGCUAAGUCUAAAAGUUCAGGCUAAGUCAGAAAGAAAACAUUAGAUGUUCCUUAUCAGUUGGUUAUAAAUGACACAGUCACAGAGUGCAGGAAGUUGUUUAGCUUUGAGUGAAAAGUAACUGAUAUUUACAUUACAAGUGAAGGUAUAUUCAUAAAUGAUGUUAAUCAACUGUGCAUUUCGUUUUGGUUUUAUUUACUAUUUUGUUUUGCGGAAUAAAAGAUUGUUAAUAAUAAAGAA